GUACUAGGGUAAGAAGAACACCAUCAUCUACAAAGUCCAGUGCAAAAAAAGUGAAGAAACGAAACCCAUGGUCAGAUGAUGAAUCCAAGUCUGAAAGUGACUUAGAAGAGAAUGAGCCCGUGAUUAUUCCAAGAGACUCUCUGCUUAGGAGAGCUGCAGCUGAGAGGCCCAAGUACACUUUUGACUUCUCAGAAGAAGAAGAUGAUGCCGAUGAUGAUGAUGAUGCCAACAAUAACAAUGAUUUGGAUGAGCUCAAAGUAAAAGCCUCUCCAGUUACAAAUGACAGAGAGGAUGAGUUUGUUCCCUCAGACAGUUUAGAAAAAGAUGAAUAUGACUUCUCCCCAGCUAAAUCAAAGCCAUCUCCAGAUAGAAAAAUGUCUCAAGACAAGAAGAAUCAAGAUUUUGGGAAUAUCUUCUCUUUUCCGUCUUACUCGCAGAAGACAGAUGAUGCAAAACUAGAUGUGCCCCCUAAACCUAAAAGAGCUCCCAAGGCCAAGAAGGUGGAAACUGUAAACUCUGACUCAGAUUCAGAAUUCGGCAACAAAGCAUACUCUCUCACCUAGGAAAAGGUAGGGGGGCAAAGAAAAGGAAAGCAUCCAGUUCCGAAAAUGAAGGUGAAUACAACCCUGGGAAGAAAACACCUAAAUCAACACCAGGCAAGAAAUCCAAGAAGGCUGCUUUUGACCAGGAUUCUGAUGUGGAAAUCUUUCAGUCAGGCUUUGCCUCCGAAACUGCCCCAAAGCCACGGACAGGCCGGGCUAGAAAAGAAGUUAAAUAUUUUGCAGAGUCUGAUGAAGAUGAUGAUUUUGAUAUGUUUAAUUAAGUGCCCAAAGAGCACACAAAUGUUUUCCAACAAAUAUCUUGUGUUGUCCUUUUGUCCCUUCUGUCGCAAACUUUUGUACAUUUGACUUAUUUUAUGUGAUAAUGUAAUUGAUGGUUUUUAUUAUUGUGUGUAGGCAUUUUAACAUUUUGUUCUUACACCUACAGUUUUAUGCUCUUUUUUACUCAUUGAAAUGUCAUGUAUUUGUCUGACUGGCUUGUAGAGAUGUUCUAGACAGCUGUGCUAAAGCACAUUUUAAUUGUCAUGGUUGCAAACAGCAAACCUGCUUUUUGAAAUGAAGUUUAAACAUUAAAAAAAAUGGAAAACUA